CGUUUGUGAGCAUUUUGCAUUCUUUCCUUUUGCUGGGUUUUCCUUUGGCAGGGUGAGCGAUGCAAGAACCCGCCCCCAUGGUGUUAUUUUUGUGAAGUGCUGCUGCAAGGGUGUUUUCGGUGUUUCCUGUAGGAACCAAACACGUUUUCUUUUAGAGAGAAACCUUCCCCAGGGAUUCCCGGUGGGAGGGAUGUGUUGGCUGGGAGCGCCACCGCUGGGCUGGCAGCUGUUCCUCUCUGCCUUUCAGAGCCACUUUUUGCUCUCUGGUUUGAACUUCGGGUGGAUUUGGCUUUACUCAUUUGUAAAUAUUACAUGGACUUCUGGACCUGCAGGGGAGUGAACACAGCAAGUGAAGGCAUAAAUUAGUAAAAAGCAGCUGUGAAUGAAAAUAGCAGAAGUAUUCUCUGUGGGUUUUACCAAACCCUCAGUGAAAGCUCUUUACCACCCUCCAGUCUGUUUGUUUUCUCCUGGGCUGAGGAGCUCUUUCAGGGGAUUUGCCCAAGUGCUGGCAGGACUCACUGACUAAGCAAAAAGGGCUCUCUAAGACCCUGAAUCAGUACUUUGAAUUUGUUCUAAGACAUCUUCAUCUUUUCUUCACACUUGAAUCCUGUUUUAACACCUCCCCCUUAUCUUGCUUACCCCUGCAAUUACCAGUUUAACUGCCCUAUUUUUAAAUCUGGGUUAUUAAUUAAAAGUGAUUCCUCCUUGGAGCUCAAAUGUUCAUUCAAGUUUGUGAUUGCACUUGAAUGGAAAAUUUUUUGUUACCACCAAGAGCCAAAGCAAUACCGUGCAGUCCUGAAUGUCCCUGCCAGGAACAAAAAACUGGCGAUGGGGACAAAAAUCUCCGGAGCUGUGCAAGAGUCCAACUGCCCAGCGCUGGCUUUUAUCACAUGCUGGGACAAGGAUCACGUGCAGAGGCGGGGAGUCAGCCCUGCAGAGCCCGGGUCACAUCGUGCUGCUGCUGCUGGGGUCUGGGGAGCUUCUGCCCCGAUGGCAUCCGUGACCCAGCAUCAGAUCCAGCAGUUCCACAAGGAUGGCUUCCUUGUCCUGGAGCGGUUUUUUAGCGCAGAGGAGUGUGACAGCAUGAGGAGGCAGAUCCAGAGAAUCGUGGCGGAGAUGGAGGUGCCCCCGCACUGCCGCACCGCCUUCUCCACCAGGGAGGAGGAGCAGCUCCAGGAGCAGAUGCAGGGUAGCUCGGAUUAUUUCCUAACCAGUGGAGACAAGAUUAGAUUCUUCUUUGAGAAAGGUGUUUUGGAUGAGAAAGGUAACUUUCUAGUUCCAAAGGAGAAGUCUGUCAGCAAGAUUGGCCAUGCUCUACAUGCUUAUGAUCCUGUCUUCAAGCAAAUCACCCACUCCCCCAAGGUGCAGGAACUGGGAAGAAAACUAGGCCUUGAGAAACCAGUAGUUGUGCAGAGCAUGUAUAUCUUCAAGCAACCUGGCAUUGGUGGUGAAGUGACACCACACCAGGACGCCACCUUCCUGCACACAGAGCCUCUGGGCAGGAUCCUGGGGUUCUGGAUCGCCCUGGAAGAUGCCACACAGGAGAAUGGCUGUUUGUGGUUCAUCCCUGGCUCUCACACCAAUGGAAUUGCCCGGAGGAUGGUCCGUACAGCUCCAGGUGCCUCAACAUGUGUGGAGUUUGUAGGCUCAGAGCCAGCCUAUGAUGACAAGCAGUUCAUACCUCUGCCUAUAAGUAAAGGUGGACUCAUCCUCAUCCAUGGUGAGGUUGUCCAUAAGAGUGAACUCAACAGCUCGGAGUCUUCUCGCCACGCGUUCACCUUCCAUGUGAUGGAAGCCAAAGGCACCACCUGGAGCAAAGAGAACUGGCUCCAGCCAACUCCUGAACUGCCUUUUCCUUCGCUCUACACUUGAAGUUGGUGACUGGCUUGUGGAGUCAAUAGCUGAUCAGUAUUCCUUUCUGAUUGUUCAUUCAUGGUCUCAAAAAACAACCUUCACUAGAUCAGCUCU